AUGGCGACCGACAGGAGGAUACAGCCGGCCGGCAGCGGCAGCGGGGGAGGGGCCACGGAGGAGGAGGCCGGGCUCGGGAAGCGCCUGCUGCGGGUUCUGCGCGCCGUCUACCACAUGCUGCGCAAGGGCCUCUGCCGCAAGCGCCUCAUGAUGGACCUCCACCUGCUCCUCGGCCGCGGCAAGCUCGCCGGCCGCGCCCUCCGCGCCCACCUCGCCCACCACCCGCAGCCGCACCACCUCGCCGCCGCGGCCGCCGCCGCCGGCGCGUCCCCGUCCGCGCUCACCAUGUACCAGCACAACCCGAGGGACGUCGAGUUCAGCUGCGACACCACGCCGCUCUACGCCGCGGCCAGCCCGGCCAUCGCCUUCCCCUUCAAGAUCGGACGCGGCCGGGGCCGGGGCGGCAGCAGCCUCGGCGGGCUCGACGCCGCCACCGUGGCCGCCGCCUUCGAGAUGAUGAACGCGCAGGCCAACGGCGGGGAGACUCCGGGUGCCACCGGGGCCACGCCGUCGCCGAUGCUCGCGCUCAGCCGCGGCCGCUGCCCGGCCGGCGCGCGCCAGCUGCGCGUCACCGACUCGCCCUUCCCCGUCGAGCCCGAGGGCGUCGACGAGCGCGUCGACGCCGAGGCCGACAGCUUCAUCAAGCGCUUCUACGAGCAGCUCCGGAUGCAGCAGUCCACCACGCCCGACAACUGCGUCCGCCGCCGGGGCUAG